UCGACUUCCUGACCUCAAGUGAUCCACCCACCUCAGCCUCCCAAAGUGUUGAGGUCACAGGUAUAAGCCAUCACACCCAGCCAGAGUUGGCUUUUUAAGGUUGAACGUUGGUGGGAAGAAGCCAUCAGGAGCAGAUAUAGCCCUUGGACAGAGGAUGGGGCUGGGUUCUUAAGAGACUGCUGGAGGCUGUCUAUUCCAGGCUCCACCACAUGGGCUGGGACCAAGAAAGAGAGAACUGGCAACUGAGCUGGGCAAGGACUUAGCUUUCCAUUGCAGAGCACCUCUGCCCACCUGGAUCCCAGAGCAAUCCCUAAGCCAAGGCCUCUGCCUGGAGUCUUCCCAAGCUGUCCCCAUCCCUGCCAGCCCAGUCUGACCUGCAGCAGCACAGGCUGAUCAUUUCUACCUGCAGUAGGCUAUGCUGGAGACCAGGGAACUCAGAACUGCACCUGGCUUGGGCUCAGGUCCAUUAGUCCUCGGGGAGACAGGCUGAAGUGCUUGCCUGUGAAACUAAAGCAGACUGGGUUGGCCCCCUCUUCUGUAUCCCAGUGGAUGGAUGGAUGAGCGGGGCAAGGACGGAUAAAAUAAUCCUGGGCGAAAUUUCAGAAGACCUGGGAGCAGAGCUUUCUGGCUCUUUGAUCCUGGGCAAGUCACUUAACUCCCCGAGGAGCCCCCAGUGUCCCCCAUUUGGGCAUGAAUGAGAGCUGCUGGCAGGGUUGUCCUAAGGAUUGGGUGGGCUGCCUUGUUUGUCCCGUGCGUGUGUUUACUGGGGGUGGGAGGCAUGACAGUACCAGGAGUAAGAAGGCAGCCGUAUAUCGUAUGUCUCGGGGCAGCGUAUGCACUCUGCCUCAUGGAAUCAGGGCUGCUGAGGAGAGGCUUGCAGGACGGGCCCGGGAUGGUGGCCAGGUUCAUGCGCAUUUGGAACCCGCCCGCUGAGGGUCUCCUAGCAGCCCAGGCUCCGCCCCACUCCGGAGAGGCGGGAGUGGGGAGUGGAGAGUUGGGGGAGCUAACCACAGGAGUUGAUGCUUCUUCCCAAUCCCCGGAAAGGCGAAUUUGGCAUGUGAGCACCCAGACCAGCCCUUCCCCGAGGGACUGACCGUAAGGAGGCUCCCUCUCAGGGAUUAGUCCCCACUCGGAGGCCGAAGUGCUCCUGGCGCCGGGGCGGAGCUGAGCUCUAGAUGUCCAGGCGCGCACAGCUGGAGGGUCACGUGGCACGGCACCGGUCCCCCUUCCUGCCAACGCUGCAUUUGGCUCGGGCCCGGUCCAUGGCGGCCCCUGGGACCCUGCGCUGAGCCCCGGAGGCCAGGGCGUCCGGGGCUGCGCCACUUCCGAGGGCCAAGCGUGAGUGUCGGGACCCCAGGGCCCGACGUUGAGGGGAUGGCAGGGGUGGAAAGGAUUCGGCCUCAGCACGAGGGAGGCGGGCGGGGGAGGGGCCGCGGCUCCCGUCUCCCUGCCCGGUCCUGGGUCGCAGUCCUGGGCCGGAGCGAGGCCGCCAAGGAGUUGGCUACAUGGGUGAACUUCUCGUCCCUUCAGGCUGCCCGUCCUGGCGGUGCGACACGGCCGGAAGGAGGAGAACAACGCGAGGGGCUCAACUGCCGGUCGCUGGAGCCCCCCCCCGGGGCGUGGCCUCCCGCCCCCUCAUCUGGGAGGGCGGGGCUCCCUGCCCCCUGCCGCCGACUGCGACCCUUACAGGGGAGGGAGGGCGCAGGCCGCGCGGAGAUGAGGAGGCUGCGCCUACGCAGGGACGCGUCGCUCACGCUGCUCCUUUGCGCCUCCCUGGGUCUCCUACUCUACGCGCAGCGCGACGGCGCGACCCCGACGACUAGCGCGCCAAGAGCGCGAGGGAGGGCGGCACCAAGGCCCACCCCCCAGCCCCGCGCGUUCCAAUUACCCGACGCGGGUGCAGCCCCACCGGCCUACGAAGGAGACACACCGGUGCCGCCCACGCCCACAGGACCCUUUGACUUCGCCCGCUAUUUGCGCGCCAAGGACCAGCGGCGGUUUCCGCUGCUCAUUAACCAACCGCACAAGUGCCGCAGCGACGGAGCACCCGGUGGCCGCCCAGACCUGCUUAUUGCUGUCAAGUCGGUGGCAGAGGACUUCCAGCGGCGCCAAGCCGUGCGCCAGACGUGGGGCGCGGAGGGUCGGGUGCAGGGGGCGCUGGUGCGCCGCGUGUUCUUGCUGGGCGUGCCCAGGGGCGCAGGCUCGGGCGGGGCCGACGAAGUUGGGGAGGGGGCACGAACCCAUUGGCGCGCCCUGCUGCAGGCCGAGAGCCUUGCCUAUGCGGACAUCCUGCUCUGGGCCUUCGACGACACCUUUUUUAACCUAACGCUCAAGGAGAUCCACUUUCUAGCCUGGGCCUCAGCUUUCUGCCCCGACGUGCGCUUCGUUUUUAAGGGCGACGCCGAUGUGUUCGUGAACGUGGGGAAUCUCCUGGAGUUCCUGGCGUCGCGGGAUCCGGCGCAAGACCUGCUUGCUGGUGACGUAAUUGUGCAGGCUCGGCCCAUCCGCACGCGGGCUAGCAAGUACUACAUCCCCGAGGGCGUGUACGGCCUGCCCGCCUAUCCGCCCUACGCGGGCGGCGGUGGCUUUGUGCUUUCCGGGGCCACGCUGCACCGCCUGGCUGGCGCCUGUGCGCAGGUCGAGCUCUUCCCCAUCGACGACGUCUUUCUGGGCAUGUGUCUGCAGCGCCUGCGGCUCACGCCCGAGCCUCACCCUGCUUUCCGCACCUUUGGCAUACCCCAGCCUUCAGCCGCGCCGCAUCUGAGCACCUUCGACCCCUGCUUUUACCGCGAGCUGGUUCUAGUGCACGGGCUCUCAGCCGCUGACAUUUGGCUUAUGUGGCGCCUGCUGCACGGGCCGCAUGGGCCAGCCUGUGCGCAUCCACAGCCUGUCGUUGCAGGCCCCUUCCAAUGGGACUCCUAGCUCCCCAUUACAGCCCCAAAGUCCUAACUCAGACCCAAGAUGGAGCCGGUUUCCCAGGCAGAUUACUGCCGUGUAUGUGGUUCUUCCCGAUCACCAGGUGCCUAUCUCCACAGGAUCCCAGGGGAUGGGGGUUAAGCUUGGCUCCUGGUGGUCCACCCUGCUGGAACCAGUUGAAACCUGUGUAAUGGUGACCUUUUGAGUGAGCCACGGCUGGGUGGUAGAUGACCAUCUCUUGUCCAACAGGUUCCAGAGCAAUGGACAUGUCUGGUCCUCCUAGUAGCACAGAGGUGUGUUCAGGUGGGGUGGCAGGGGACUCAUGGAAUCCUACCACACUGCUGGAUUUGGAACCUCUAGGCUGACGCGGACGCAUGCAGAGGCUCUCAAGGCCAGGCCCCACAGAGAAGUGGAGGGGCUUCGGCUGCCACAGCCUUCAUGAACCUGGCAGGCACUCUGCCACAGCUCAUCUGAAAACAGACAUUGUGCUUCUCACAACCUCUCCUGGGCCCAGGUGUGGCCGAGCACCAGGGAUGGAGCCACACAUAAGGGACAAAUGAGUGCACGGUCCUACCUAGUCUUCCCCCACCUCCUGAACCCCCACAAGAAUGCCAGUCUCCUACUGGAGGCUGUAUCCCCUCAGAGGAGCCAAGGAAUGUCUUCCCCUGAGACGCCACCACUAUUAAUUUCCCAUAUUCUUCACCCCCUUGCUCAAAAAACCAAUACCCACACUUAGUACAAACAUCCCAGCAACAGCACAUGGCAGGCCAUUGCUGAGGACACAGGUGCUUUAUUGGAGAGGGGAUAUGGGCACAGGAUAAGGAAGGUUCCCACAUUCCAGGAGGAUGGGAACAGUCCUGGCUACCCCUGACAGUGGGGAUAUGCAAGGGCUCUGGCCAGGCCACAGUCCAAAUGGGAAGACACCAGUCAGUCACAAAGUCAUGGGAGCGCCACACAAACCUGGCUAUAAGGCCCAGGAACCAUAUAGGAGCCUGAGGCAGGUCCCCUGCACAUUCAUCAUUAAACUAUACAGGAUGAGGCUGUACAUGAGUUAAUUACAAAAGAGUCAUAUUUACAAAAAUCUGUACACACAUUUGAAAAACUCACAAAAUUGUCAUCUAUGUAUCACAAGUUGCUAGACCAAAAUAUUAAAAAUGGGAUAAAAUUAUA